CCUAAUUCUAAGAGAGACGAUAUUAGGAACUCCCCUGAUUGGAGUCUAGAUACUUUAGUGACUUGUUUCUUCUAUGGAACUAUAAGCUGAGAAGGUGCAUGCCCUUCUCGAUAUUGUCCCCUCUGAACCCAUGGCCCUGACUGCUUCUGAACUGGUCAUCUAAGAGUGAGUUGUAUGAUGGAGUCCAUGAAACUAUUAAAUCAAUCUCAAGUGUCAGAAUUCAUUUUGCUGGGACUGACCAGCUCCCAGGAUAUAGAGUUUCUUCUCUUUGCCCUCUUCUCGGUUAUCUAUGUGGUCACAGUUUUGGGUAACCUUCUUAUUAUAGUCACAGUGUUUAACACCUCUAACCUGAAUACUCCUAUGUAUUUUCUCCUUGGUAAUCUCUCUUUUGUAGAUAUGACCCUUGCUUCCUUUGCCACCCCUAAGAUGAUUCUGAACUUGUUAAAAAAGCAGAAGAUAAUUUCUUUUGCUGGGUGCUUCACUCAGAUAUUUCUCCUUCACUUGUUGGGUGGGGUUGAAAUGGUACUGUUGGUCUCCAUGGCUUUUGACAGAUAUGUGGCCAUUUGUAAGCCCCUACACUACAUGACCAUCAUGAACAAGAAGGUAUGUGUUUUGCUUGUAGUGACCUCAUGGCUCCUGGGUCUCCUUCACUCAGGGCUUCAGAUACCCUUUGCUGUGAACUUGCCCUUUUGUGGUCCCAAUGUGGUAGACAGCAUUUUUUGUGACCUCCCUUUGGUUACUAAGCUUGCCUGUAUAGACACAUAUUUUGUACAAAUAGUCAUUGUUGCCAACAGUGGCAUAAUCUCCCUGAGCUGUUUCAUUAUUUUGCUUAUCUCCUACAGUCUGAUCCUCAUAACCAUUAAGAACCACUCUCCUACUGGGCAAUCUAAAGCCCGUUCCACUUUGACUGCUCACAUCACAGUGGUGAUUCUCUUCUUUGGCCCAUGCAUCUUUAUCUAUAUCUGGCCCUUCAGCAACCACUCUGUAGAUAAGUUCCUUGCUGUAUUUUACACCAUCAUCACUCCUAUCUUGAAUCCAGUUAUCUAUACUCUGAGAAACAAAGAAAUGAAGAUAUCCAUGAAAAAACUCUGGAGAGCUUUUGUGAAUUCUAGAGAAGAUACUUAGAUUAAAAAUAUAAUGGUAGAGGCCGGGCAUGGUGGCUGAUGCCUGUAAUCCCAACACUUUGGGAGGAAUAUCGGGGGAACCAGCCCCCAGUAUUUCACAUAGGUUCUUUUCUAUUUUCCCUAAGUGUCAGCUGGUCUGAGAAAUAAAGGGAAAGAAUACAAAAGAGAGAAAUUUUAAAGCUGGGUGUCCAGGGGAGACAUCACAUGUCAGCGGGUUCCAUCAUGCCCCCCAAGCUGCAAAACCAGCAAGUUUUUAUUAUGGAUUUCAAAAGGGAGGGAGUGUACGAAUAGGGUGUGGGUCACAGAGAUCACAUGCAUCACAAGGCAAUAAAAUAUCACAAGGCAAAUGGGGACAGAGCAAGAUCAGAGGACCAGGGUGAAAUUAAAAUUGCUAAUGAAGUUUUAUGUCCCACUGGGCACGCAUUGUCAUUGAUAACAUCUUAUCAGGAGACAGGGUUUGAGAGCAGACAACCGGUCUGACUAAAAUUUACUAGGCAGGAAUUUCCUCAUCCUAAUAGGCCUGGGGACACUACAGGAGACUGGGGCUUAUUUCAUCCCUUAUCUACAGCCGUAUGAGACAGACAUUGCCAGAGCGGCUAUUUUAGAGACCUCCCCCUAGGAAUGCAUUCUCUUUCUCAGGGUUAUUCCUUGCUGAGAAAAAGAAUUCAGUGAUAUUUCUCAUAUUCACUUUUGUAAGAAGAGAAAUAUGACUCUGUUCCACCCAGCUCCCAGGCAGUCAGACCUAAUGGUUAUCUCUCUUGUUCCCUGAACAUCGCUGUUAUCCUGUUCUUUUUUCAAAGUGCCCAGAUUUCAUAUUGUUUAAACACACAUGCUUUAUGAACAAUUUGUGCCAUUAACGUAAUCAUCACAGGGUCCUGAGGCAACAUACAUCCUCAGCUUAAGAAGAUGACGGGAUUAAGAGACUAAAGUAAAGACAGGCAUAGGAAAUCACAAGAGUAUUGAUUGGGGAAGUGAUAAAUGUCCAUGAAAUUUUCACAAUUUAUGUUCAGAGACUGUAGUAAAGACAGGCAUAAGAAAUUAUAAAAAUAUUAAUUUGGGGAACUAAUAAAUGUCCAUGAAAUCUUCACAAUUUAUGUUCUUCUGUCAUGGCUUCAGGAGGUCCCUCCGUUCAGGGUCCCUGACUUCCCGCAACAGAGCCAAGGCAGGUAGAUCACUUGAGGUCAGGAGUUUGAGACCAGCCUGGCCAACAUGGCGAAACCCUGCCUCUACCAAAAAUACAAAAAUUAGCCAGGCGUGGUGAUGCAUCCCUGCAAUCCCAGCUAUUCGGGAGGCUGAGGCAGGAGAAUUGCUUGAACCCAGGAGGCAGAGGCUUCAGUGAGCUGAGAUUGUGUCACUGCCCUCCAGCCUGGGUGACAGAGUGAGACUACAUCUUAAAAUAAUAAUAAUAAUAGUAGCAGAGAAACAAUAAUUUUUUAUAUUUUUAAAGGUUUCCCUUAAGUAUAGAGUUAUUAGCUACAAUGAGAUGAAGGCAAGUAAAAUGCAGUAAGAUUACAGUAGUGAGUCAAGAAUAUUUUUAAUGGAGCACCAAAAAUAAUAAAUUAUUGAUUUUUAAAAUGUUGACUGAGUUAUAAAAGGUGUCAAAGACUCACUUGUCCUUCAGAGGAGCUUGAUAGAUAUGUACUUUGUUUAGGUAUUACAAUGGCUUUUGAUGUAAAUGAAAUAAAGUGAAUCCUCAAAAUGUCUGUCACAUUUUUACUGUAUAAUUGAUUUAAAUGAUUUGGCACUCACUGUGAGAUCAUGUUUGGUUCUCUUUCUUCUUUACAAUAUUAAUGUCUAAGUCAGCACUCAUAUGCAGUGUCUCCUAAGAAACCAGUAAUUCAGACUUUCCAUAUCUACCUACACUCAUUUUUCUUGUAGCUUCCAAAAUGAGAAUUCAUGAAGAUAACUUUAUGGUUGUUAAUAUUAUAAAAUCUCACUCCCACCUCCUUGUCCCCAUGUAUUUCAAUUCAAAAAAACUGUGCAUCUGACUCCAAAAAGAAAAUUAUACAUUCUAGGUAAAUGAACUCUAGUCCUAGAACCAAGAUGGUUUUCUUGUGUGACUGUGUGCUGAGCACCAGCUCAGCCACCACAGAGAAUUAGUUUCUACCUCCAACUCAGAGCCACUGCAACUCUGCACUUACCCAUACUUCCAUCACAAGGUCCCUGGCUAUUUCAAAAGCACCUGCACCUUGCAUACCAUUAUAGUUUGGGCAGUGGAAUUCCUGGGCCCAGAUACUGCUGCCAUUACUAUCCCAAACCACAGAUCUAUAGUACGUCCAUUCAUACCUGUGCUUAUGGCUCCAGAUCCAUGGCUUCCCCUAGGGUACCCCUCGUCAGACAUUUAUGCCAAAACCACCACAAGCAGUUUCUCAAGCUGGACCCAGUGCCAAGAGGGAUUCCUCCAGCCACAACAUCCCCAAUGGGAGAAAAAGAGAUAGAAAGGACUUUAGCAGCCCUAGCCACCAAAGACCACAACAAUUUUUGUCACCACUUCAAACAUCUACAUCAUUGGCUACUGAAGUUCCCUACAAUCUUCAUCAAUGCCAACCUCAGCUGGAGGAGCUACACAAACACGACACUGCUGCACCUUCACAAUAGUCAGAGCAGUUGUGUUUUACUCAACCAAUCCCCUCACACCUCCAUACAGAGGAAGUUCUUUCCAUACUGAAACCAGCCUGUAAAGUCUGGAAGAGAUGACUGCUCCAACAAAUGCACAGAAAUCUACUUAAGACAACAAGAAACACGAAAAACCAAAAGGGAAUAUCACCAUGAAAGGAACACAAUAAUUUUCCAGUAUCUGUCUCCAAAGAAACAGAGACCUAUGAACUCCCAGACAAAGACUUCACAAUAAUUGUCUUAAGGAAGUGCAGUAAAGUCCAAGAACAUACAGGGAAAUAAUUCAACAAAAUCAAGCAAACAACAAACAAAAAAAUGGGGAAAUUUGAUGAAGAGAUUGAAAUAGUUUUUAAAAUUCCAGAAAUUUGUUUAAAAAUAAAUAACAUAAAAAUAUGUAAAUUGUGACAGUAAAAACAUAAAAUGUGUGGAGGAGGUAGAAUAAAAGUGUAGACUUUUUAAAUGCAAUCAAAGUUAGGUAUUUAUUCACUUAAAAUAGUCUAUGAUAACCAUAAGAUGUGUUAUGUAAGCCUUAUGGUAACUACAAAUGAAAAACCUAUAGAGCAUUUACAAAAACAAAAAAAUAAAAAAUCAAAGCAUAUACUGGAGAAAAUAAACUAUGAAUAAAUGAAGACAAAAGAUAAAGAUGAAGCAAAAGAAAAUGAAGGGAACAAAGGGUGUAAAAAAUAACCAGAAAACAAUUAAUAAAAUGGAGGUACUAAGCACAGUCAGUUUUCUGGCAUAUCCAUAGGUUUUACAUUCACAGACUCAAUCAACCACAGAUCAAAACUAUCAAAAAUAAAUAAAUAAAUAACAGCACAACAAUAAAAAUAAUACAAAAUUUUAAAACCAGUAUGACAACUAUUUACAUUUUAUUUGAUAUUAUAAGUUAUCUAGAGUUGGUAUAAAUCAUACAACAGAAUGCAUGUAAGUUUUAUGCAAAUACUGUGACAUUUUGUAUAAGGGACUUAAGCAUCUAUAAAUUUUGAUAAUCACAGGGAGGUCUUGGAGCCUAUUGCCUAAAGUCACUGAGGGAUGACUCUACUUACCUACCAACAAUUAUCUGGAAUGUGAAUGAAUUAAAUUAUCUGAACAAAAGACACAGAGUGGCUAAAUGAAUAAAAAGAUAAAACCCAACUAC